AUGGAUCCGUUUUCAGCAGAGGGUGAACUCAUCAACAUCCACAAUGCCUUCCACCAAGGCCAAUACACCUCCGUGAUCGACUUCGACACCGCCGCCCUCUCGCCGGAAAACCAGCUCCCCGCCCGCAUCCUCAAGCUGCGCGCCCAGAUCGCUCUCGGCCAAGCAGAAGAGGUCGUUACCGAGACAGAUGCGGAAAGCGAGGGCGACGGCGAAGCCGAUCUUGCCGCCGUCAAGGCGCUGGCGCAGCACGCGGCGGGAGACAACGACGCCGCCCUCUCCACCGCACACGACCUGGCGGAGAAUUACCCGGACAACGCUUCCGUGCAGGUCCUGUGCGGCACCGUCCUACACGCGCUGGGUAACAGUGAGGAGGCCUUGGCUCUCCUGUCGAGGCAUCAGGGGAAUCUGGAGGCUGUCGCUUUGAUUGUCCAGAUCCAUCUGCAACAGAACCGUACCGAUUUGGCCAUCAAGGAGGUGCAGGCCGCGAAGCGCUGGGCGCAGGACUCGCUUCUCGUCAACCUGGCCGAUUCGUGGCUGGGGAUGCGUGUGGGCGGCGAGAAAUAUCAAUCCGCAUUCUACGUCUACGAAGAACUGGCUUCCGCCCCCAGCACCUCCGCCCCGCUAUCCAUCGUCGGCCAGGCCGUCGCAGAGAUCCAUCUCGGUCGUUUGCCAGAGGCAGAGGCUGCUCUCUCCGCUGCUUUGGCCCAGUAUCCGGAUGACGUUCAGAUUAUUGCUAAUACGAUUGUCUUGAAUGUCUUGGCAGGGAAGCCCUCUGAUGAGCUGGAAGCUCGUCUGAAGCAGGUUCAGCCCUCGCACCCCCUCCUCGUCGAUCUGGAGGAGAAGAGUGCUUUCUUUGAUACAGCAGCCGCCAAGUACGCUCCCAAGGUGGCUUGA